CGGACCGGCGCGCUCCGCCUGCGCGCGCAGGGCGAACGGAGGGAGCCGCGGCGCGCACCUCCCGCGCCGCCAUGCGCUCGGCGCCGCUGCUGCUGCUGCUGCUGCUGGGCUUGCUGUCCUGCGACGGAGCCGACCCCACUGAUGCGACCACUUCUGCAAAGGUGACGAGUUCCACGAAGCAAAGCACCGCAGCACCCAUGCCUACAGCCGCUGGGGCUUCUGUCACCUUGGCACACAAAACACCCGGCACCCAGGCUUCCUCCCCUGCCUCGAACAGCAGCCUGAAACCUCCAAGUGGCAGCGCAGCAGAAACAGGCAGAACCACUCCGGGGCCCAGCUCGGUGAGGUCCAUCACCCAAGCGCCAUCAGAGACGUCCCGUGCCCCCUCUUCCUCCGUUCUUCAGACCAUUCCUUCGCAGAUGUCCGCGGGAGCUCCUGCAGAGACCACUCAGCAUGCCGGUUCCAAGCCCACCUCCUCCGGCGCUUCUCUGUCCGGGAAGGUCACCACGGUGCCCCCCUCGGAGAAGCCACAGCAGACAACCGGAAAACCCAUCGCAGCUGGUUCCGCAGUGUCUAGUGCAGCUCCUGGAGGCGCGACUGCAAGCCCGAACAAUGACAGUGUGGCUGUCACACCCAAAAGCCCCAGCCCCACAAACGCGCAAACGGCCCGCCUCACCACUCAGCCAGCCGGGCCAGCCACGUCAAAGCCCACGGGCCCGACUGCAGUAGCACCGACGGCCCCGAAAGAUGCAAAGGACACCCGACUCACCACAUCCCCCUCGGCCGGUGCCGCUCCGACCACCAGAAUGUCGAACCCCAGGCCUCCAGCAGCAACGAAGGUGGCAUCGUCCCCCCCUGUGCGCCAGGAAUCGUCUCCGGACAGCAGGGUGACCCCCACUGACGCUCCAGUUCACAGCAAGAUCGUUUGUGUGAAGCCGAUGCCAUCCAGAGACAAAGUGAUUGUUCUGACUUUGAACGUGUCCACUUCGUGCGACGACUUGGAGGACACCCCACUGAAGGAGUUGCUCCUCGACCUGCUGUGCAGAGCCGUGAAGCCCAGCUUCAACCAGAACCAGGAUGACUGCACCGUGCAGAUGGCCUCCACUGCAGAGAACCCCAAGGAACUGGCCAUAAUCAAAACGUCCGUGACCACACAUUCCGUGAACGAAGUGCUUUCAGAAGCUCUGGCAACCAAGAAAGGAGAGAUGGAGAAGCUUGGCGUGAGCAACAUGACGCACAGCGGGAGGUCCCUGGACGCGGAGGACCGCUUCGGCAUGCCCUUGAUCAUCACCAUCGUGUGCAUGGCGGCCCUGCUGCUGCUUGUGGCCGCCAUCUACGGCUGCUGCCACCAGCGCAUCUCCCACCGGAAGGACCAGCGCCUGACUGAAGAACUUCAAACCAUGGAGAACGGGUAUCACGACAACCCGACCCUGGAGGUGAUGGAGACCUCCUCCGAGAUGCAGGAGAAGAAGGUCAACCUGAACGGGGAGCUCGGAGACAGCUGGAUCGUCCCCAUGGACAGCCUAACAAAAGAGGAUCUGGACGAGGAGGAGGACACCCACUUAUAAUUAAAAGGAAAUCGAGAGAGAAUGAACCUCGUGCGAAGCAAAAACACAGAACUGCAGCCACAAGUGCCAACACGAAGAGGAAACGGUGCAAUCCUGAGAAGACGCCGCCACCGGCAUCUGCCAUGGCCAACUUCUUUUUUUUUUUUUAAAUCCCAUUGGCUUUGUAAGCAAAAUUGUACAUGUAUGUGUGUGCGCGUGUGUGUAUAUACAUAUUUUUAAAGACAGUGCCUCCUAUUUAAGCCUUGACUGGGACAGGCGGCUGACUUGAGAGCUGGGCGAUCCAGAUAAGAAACACGGGAAAGGAGUGAUCCUGGAUACAAAGGUCCCAUAAGCCCUGGAUCCAGGUGCAGUGGAGCAUGGUCCCUGGGGAAGUUGUCCUUGCACAGCCCCAGUGGAAGCUCUUUUUACCACUUCCACACUAGUCCACAUGCCUGAGGACCAAGGUGUGAGUGCCUGUGGGGGAGGGGAACGGAGGUCUCCGAAAGCAGCCAGGCAGUAAUUCUGCUGUGUGUGUCAGGAAGGAUCGUGAUGCCGUGCUCCUCUAGGGUUGGGAGACACGGGAUCUGUCAUGCCCGCAACAUGUUGUAAUCCACAUUGUCAAGACACAUCUGGAGCGAUAGGUUAGAGAAAAGGUGGCCACCUACGGCUCCAGAAUACAUGGAACCCCAAAUACAGAAACGGGGAGGGUUCGUGUAACUGGAACACCUCCCCUCCCCAUCCGCAAGGUUGGGAGCAUCCUUCCACUUGCACAUUUGAAGCCGCCGGCAACCUUUCUGGGCCACUGGUCUGCUGUGGUGGAAAGCCCAUUGGCGCAUCUUUUGCAAGUCAAGGUGGGCUCCCGUUCAGCUCUCGUAGCCUUGAAAAUGUGGCAUCCCAUCUGCUGGUAGGCCAGGGAAAGAACCCCUUGGGGACCUAGAAAGGCUGCAAGAGAUAUAGAAGUCCAGAGUGUCCAAGCCAUUCGUGUGUUUAUUUUGAAAUGUGAAUAUCACAGCAAUAGGUCCGGCCUUGUGUUUUUGGACAUCUCUGCUUGCCGCUGUGCAAGGGAAAUGUCAAAAUGCAGGGAAGCUGACUUUGAAGACAGUUUUACUCAGUGAUGGACAGGAAAUGGGAUUUAGCACUGACAAGAAACGAUGCAGCCGGUUUCAUCCUGGCAAAGGAAUCGGACAAGAUCUUGCAGGGCGGGGAGCUUUCCAAGUCUCGCUGUGCAUUUUGCUUCUAGCAAUGCAAACCUCGCAGGUCUUGCUGUGUUGUAAGCAUCAGUCUCCAUAUUUCACUGAAAAACCCGGCCCUGGUAUUUAAUAGCAAUUCAAAUAGAGAUGCUCAUUGGGACAUCAUACAAGGCCUUAAAAAAAGCACGGACGUGAGCAUCACUUUUCCCAGUCCAUCGGUUUUGCUUUUCUGGCCCCCUUUACAUACAAUGCAGGAAAAGGGGUUUUGUUCAUCUGAUCGUGCCUGCCAAGGAAAAUAGUUUGAAGGGGAAGUGCUUGGAGGAGAGGCUAUCCCAGUUCUGUGCAGACAAGAAGGACUGAGGAUGCAAUCGAAGGAACCAAAGACCGAUUAACAGUAAGAUGCCACAAAUGACCUUUGAGGAAUCAGCCCCAGUUAGAGAAAUACGGAGAUAACAGGAUGGGUGGAUGCCUAGACAUUUCCUGCUCUUAUUUCAAAGACAGAUUUAUGAGAGCUCAGAUAUGAAUACGCAGGACUUUAUAGAGCAGACUUUUUGAUCCCCCAUCAAAGAUAAGUGUAUCCUUAAUUGCUCCUUUGAAAAGGAACUUCCAGCUUUGGUUAUGCCAUGCACCGAGUCAUUCAGCAGCCCACGGUGGCCCAGUAAAAGGAUUCUUAGCCACAGCAUCUCCUGUAAACGAAUUGCUCUUUACAAGCAUGAGGAGCCCAGUGUAACUUUCUGGGAAAGGGUAACGUGAGGGGCAGAAACAGCCAAGGACACAGAGUUUUGCUGGCUUGCAGCUUGGCCCCCAAAUGCAAGAAUCAGUGUUGUGUGUCCCAGAUGAGAUACAAGCCCGUGGGCCUCCUCCUCUGCAUGUGGCGCUUUCGGCCUGCACAGGGCAGGUCACGGGCUCCCGCUGCUGAACAAGAAGCACCCGAUGCUUGCAGCAGAAACAUCAGGCAGCGAGCUUUGCUCUGCCCAGCCACUGCCGCCACUUCCAGCAAACGCACCGGGCCCCAGCCCUCUUCCACAGCCAAAUCUGGUGCUCUCCCAGCCGGGGCUGCCCCAGCGCCUCAGUUGCUGCUCAUAAUUGGGAGUUGGAGGCGGGGGGGGGGGGUGUCCAUUUGAAGGAGGAGACAAGAAUGAGUCCCUAGGAAAAUGGCCAGGGUGGUGAAGGUCCUGGGAACCACAUCCUGCAAGGGGUGGUGGAAAGAGCGCUGGGGAAGAGUGAGUGGAGACACGCCACUGGUCUUCGCGUGGAGUGGAUCCCUGUAGAUGCUGAGGGCAGGACUGGAACCGGUGGAUGGGAAAGAAGGCCGAUUCCUGCUUAGCGGGCACAACUUCCCAAUGGAAAGAACCCACAAUCUGUCCAGUAUCACGUCGUCGUUAGGCUGACUCAAAGAUCACAAUGCGUAAAUUUUCAGGUUCUCUUCCACAGGCAAGAAGUUACAAAAAGGCAGCAUGUUAGGGGUCAGGAGAGGAAAACGUUCGCUUAGGAUGCAAUCCUAGGCAAAUCCAGACAAGAAAGGGCCACAAUUUCCAACAUGGUCCCAGCCACUUGCUCUGAGAGUUGUGGGCCAUUUUUUCUGCCUGACCUGGCCUAGGAUUACAUGUUUAAAGGUAUAGUCAGGAUACCUGCUUUAUUAAGUUUCUGUGAUUCCACUGAGAGUGAACAUUGCCUGUUUUCACCUCCUCCAGGAGUGAAUCAAUGGGCAGAGAGAGUUGCCAGCUAUUCAGACCUUGCUUAACUUGAAAAGAAGGGCAUUGUUCUUAACUUAGCUGCUGGCCCACAGGAGUAACUAGCUAGUCCCAGCAUUUGGAUUCUGACAGGCGUCUGCAAGCUCCUGUGUGGGACAGAAAAGUACAGGCCUCUUCCACUUGUGCGAGCAUCUCUGGAUAUGCCCUACUUACAGAACAAGGCUGGCCUUAAAAACUUCCUUUUAGUAUCAUAGCAACUUAGUAAAACAGUGGAAAAUGCACAUAUUUUUUUUUUUUAGAGAGUAGGGGAUCUGAGGGUGGAGUAUGAAGGCACCAAUAUCGCAAAUAGUUUUCCCAAUGUUAACAUCCCAAUUGGAAAUAUAAUUUGAGGGGGCUUCAACAUUCAGUAGCCCCUCUAACUUGGUCACACAGAGGCAGUUCUUCCUCCAUGACUCAGUGAACAGAUUAGAAGACCGGAAUGAGCAAGGUGCAACCCAGGAAAACUCCAGUGCAAAACCGUUCAAUCAGGUCCGUAGUUAUUUUGCUUGCUCUCCUCCGCCUAUUUUCUCAGAGCAACAUCCUGCAAACUGAUAGAGACCUUCAGCAGCAUGAAGAAGGCAGUUUGCUUAACUGUGGGAACAGUUAGAAACGAAAACAGGACUAUAACAAGGGUUCCAAAACAGUUUUCAGGGACAUAAAAGGUGUCAGCUUCUGGUUAGGCCGAAGAACAAAUAACAAGCUUACAUGGAAAAUGCUAAGGAUGCUGGGGAUUGCCAAGGGUUGCAAGACUUUUUCUGUAAACAUGUCCAGGAUUGCACUUCUUACUCAUCCAGCAUGACGCCCCCAAGAGACCUGCUGCAGAACACUGUCAGCUCAUCUAUUCGCCUGCAAAAUACGUCUUACCGCUGUCGCAAUGUACUACUUCCACUGCACUUCCUAGGGGACGAAGGCCUCCAGAACCCUUGUAUCAUUUCUAAUCACAAUCACAGCAAAAGCAGGUAAAGCUGAUGUUGGCUCCUGUUGUGAUCUUGGAGGCCUCGGAGUUUUGGAUUGGCAUUUCCCGCAGCCAGAAUGGUAUCACUUGUUGGACCCUGCUGGUCUCUGGAGCAGGUGCAUGAAAUUCAUAUCCAGAACUGGGUGGUAGGUGCGUAGUGCAUUCUGGUUGCAGAAGUUUGAACAUUAUAUUCUUAACACUGUACAGCAUCUGCAGCCACACGGCUUGCGCUGAAACAGGAGUCUAAAAUACACUGGAAAUUUAACAAGGAACUGGAUUGUAAAGAUAGCUGCAUUUUCCUACAAAGUAUAUUUUGAAGAUACUACUUAUUUCUGUCAAUAAAAAGAUCUUUUGUGAA